CACUACUCACGUGGUUGUUAUGGCAGCUCUUGGUUUCCUUCAGCUGUCCCCUCCUAGUUCAGCUGGUUUUCAGCUCGAUUUUGCUGGUUCCUCAGCUUUUCUGCUGGUGGCUUUUCCCUUUCAGCUGGUUUGCGCUGGGUUUCUCUUUGGACAUGCAUUGAUGGUUUCUGCUGCUACUGGUUUUCUCAGCGGUUCCCUCUUGUUUCUCUAUGCUUUGGCUCUGCUGGUUUCAGCUGCACCUUCAGCUGGUUUUAAUGUUCUCCAGCUGGACUUUCAUCUGAUUUUCAGCCAGUUUCUCUGUGGCCUGAGCAUGCCAACUGUGGCUUCUCACCUUUGUUGUUGUUAA